GACGGACAAACCUCUCAAUACCAGGCUACCUGGGUGAACUGAGAUAGGAUCCCUGGCGCAUAUCCUGCACAGUCUGCCUGGGUAGCCUGGAACACGCCCCAAGUCGCCGGACUCAAGCUUCCGACAGACUACCCGAUCGCGCACACCUCCUGGUCCUACCCGCCGGCUCAGGUCCUUCCACGCCUCGGCUCAGGUCCUUCCACGCCUCGGCUCAGGUCCUUCCACCUCUGCUCAUGGUGGAAGUUGCACGGCGGCGGAGAUCUCGGACAGGCCAAACUCUCAUUCGCACAUCCUCUCUGGUCGGGAGGCCGCAUCGGAGGCAAGAAAACUCUGGCAGGCAGACAUUGUGGAGAACCCUACGACGCCCUGUGCUCCGUUCGAUACAGAUGGAGGUCUGCCAUGAAGCCCCACAUCGCCAUCCAUACGGGAUCCAAACGUCCUCAGACAUCCCCCCAACGCCUUCAUGCUGUACCGCAUAGACAUGAGCCAGAAACUCAUGCAACAAGAUGGUCGACAGGGGAGAUUGCAGGUCGACUACUCGAAGGAGAUCGGUCCUAUGGGUGAGGACGAACGGGUGAAGGCGGACCACAAUCCCACAAAUGGAGCGGAGCGUGCUAAUCAACCCGGGGCCAGUCAAGUCCAGUCUUCGACAGCGAGGGUAUGCGACGGUGUUGGGAUUUCUUCUGGAAGUUUGUUCCGGUGAAUCUUGGGGCGUGCGUGUUGGUCCCUUGUGGACCAACACCUUCUCGGACCUAUGCCCCCCUAUGUAACUUGCCUUAAAUUAUGCAA